UUUAAAUAUGUUGGAAGCCAAUGAGCCAUCACACUCAACAUCAGGGUCUGACACCAUUACAGUAGAUCGGAACCCACUGUCUGAACAUGAUAGUAUCACAGCGCUGAAUCUAUCAAGUGACGGGGCACUUGUAACAGGCAGCAACACUGUUGGACCACCACCACCCUAUGGGUUUACCAAAGAGGGAACCAUCGGUCCAUCACCCUACAGCGGCAAUACAGCCAUACCAUCACCGUAUGGCCUCCACGUCAAUUGUCAAUUUCUCUAUGGGGGCCAUACAUCUAGCCUACCACCGUAUGGCCUCAACAUCAAAGGUCCAUCUCCCUACGAAGACCAUGCAUCCAGCCCAUCACUGCAUGACUUCAACACCGCUGGCCCAUCACCAAAUGUCUACAACACCUCUGGUCCUUCACCCGGCGUACACACCCCGUUAGCUGGCAAGCUAGCUGGGUUAAUCCACCUGACAAAAAAAACCCAGCUUUCCUGGCACCGGACAGGAGAGAUGCAGGCAACCCAUCUGUCGAGGACACUAUCUCAUAUCGACCGCAGGCAGAAAAAUCAUGGACGCCAUGUGAUGGAUGUAGGAAGAAGUUCGAAAAAAUCCUGCGAGAAAAGCAACGAAUCGAAGUAG